AUGCCUCACGCCGUCCAACGUACACUUACAGUAAAAAUGCUAUUCGAAGACAAACUUGUCGGCUUCACAUCCUACGAGUCACCAAACCAACCAUUCCCACUAAAAUUCGAUCUCGUAACCUCAGCCACCCAGCUCAAAGAAGAGGACCUCCAAGCCUGCAUCGACCUCGUCGAGCAAACAUCCGGAGCCGACUACCGCGCCUCAAGAAUCGGCUGGAACACGCGCAAGAAGCGAGAAGAAAUGAUGGACAAGGACAUGAUAUACCUACUCGUCCGCCAAGCAAAUACAAACACAGUCGAUGAAGAAACAACAUCCCCCAACCCCCCCAUCCUCGGCUUCAUCUCCUUCAUGUUCACCUGGGACGACCCCCCACACCAAGACCGCGCCGUACUCUACAUCUACGAAAUCCACCUCUCCCGCACUCUACGCAGCCAGGGUCUCGGGUCCCGGCUGAUGACGUUUGUCGAAGCCAUCGCGCGGGCCUGUAGUAUCGAGAAGACGAUGCUAACGGUCUUUGUAGCGAACGAGGGGGCGAAGAGGAUGUAUGAGAAGUUAGGGUAUGGGAGGGAUGAGUGUAGUCCUGUUGAUAGGGUUAUGCGGAGGAAGGUGGUUAGGGCUGAGUAUGUUGUUAUGAGUAAGAAGGUGUUGUGA